AUGACGGAAGCUGACCCACAAUACUCUGACGAAAGUUCAACUUCAAAUGAUGUAGAAAUUAAAGACACAGCCACCAACAAAGAAGCAAUCGAAUUGGUUAUACUCGACAACAUUAACAUAAUGGAGAUUAUUCUUGCAUAUAAAGAACGGGUAGGAGUGUACCCGUUUGAUAGCCCUGUUGUUUUUAAAAGAUUUUGUUAUCCUUAUGUUCGUAGGGGCGUUGGGAAUACAGAAGGAUGGACUCAGAAAGUUAGAGAGAUUAAGAAUAAAUUCAACAUUAAGAGUGCUCCAAAGGAGGAUGUUGAUAAGAAGGAAUUCAAAUUGUGGAAGAAGAUAUGGGGGAAUGAAUGA